CACGACAUGCCGCUCUCACCCCCACCAAAAGAUUAGCGUCACGGGUCACGUGUUCAUUGUGUUUGUAGCAUUCGCCGGAGUCGCCGCUUGUUGUCCAUAGAUUCGCAAAAUGGACACAGACUAUGCAGAACAAACUUCACCGGAGUAAGCUCCUCUACGUCCGUAGCGUCCGAGCCCGGCUCCAGCCAGGAUGUUCCCCAGCCUGGCCCACAGACCGUGGCAGGUCUUCUGCAGGGUCUCCUGGCGGCACAAGGCGAGCUUUCCCCAGCCCCAGUGUCUCGGUUGGCAAACUGGAAAUGCAUUUAGCUUCUGGUUUAGCCCCCCGGACUGCCGCGUCGCCUCACUGAUUGCAGGCAAAGUCCAAUACUACUCCACCUCUGGAAACGGCAAAGACGAGCCACCAAAAUCUCCAUCGGACACAACUGAAAAGGCGACUGCAAAAUCUGGCACACCGACAGCAGGUUCACCACUUAAGGGGCUAACCAAACUUGAAACAAUACAAGUGAAAGUCAGGGCCGUCCUGAAAAAGCGUGAAUAUGGAACCAAGUACACCCAGAACAACUUCAUCACAGCCGUUAGAGCCAUGAAUGAGUUCUGUCUCAAACCGAGUGACCUGGAGCAGCUGCGCAAAAUCCGAAGGCGCAGCCCCCAUGAUGACACAGAGGCCUUCACCGUGUUCCUGCGCUCAGAUGUGGAGGCAAAAGCUCUGGAUGUGUGGGGAAGCCAGGAAGCUCUCACCAGGGAGAGAAAUCUCCGCAAGGAGGUGGAGCGAGAGUACCAAGAAAAUAUCUUUCGCAGUCAGCAGCUGUUGAAGGAAUACAAAGAUUUUUGGGGGAACACAAAGCCACGGUCAGGCCAGAGGACGACGUUUCUCCAAGGGCCGGGUAAAGUGGUCAUGGUCGCCAUUUGCAUAAAUGGACUGAACUUCUUUUUCAAGCUACUGGCGUGGGUUUACACUGGCUCGGCCAGCAUGUUCUCCGAGGCCAUCCACUCCUUGGCCGACACCUGCAAUCAGGCGCUGCUGGCUUUGGGUAUUAGCCAGUCUAUCCGCAACCCAGAUGCAGUGCACCCCUAUGGCUUCUCCAACAUGCGCUACAUCGCCUCCCUCAUCAGCGGUGUGGGUAUUUUUAUGAUGGGCGCUGGCCUCUCCUGGUACCAUGGCAUCAUGGGAUUGCUGCACCCAGCACCCAUUGAGUCCUUACUAUGGGCAUACUGCAUUUUGGCAGGUUCACUGGUGUCUGAAGGAGCCACACUACUUGUUGCAAUCAAUGAGAUCAAGAGAAGCGCCCACCAACAUGGACUCUCAUUUUAUGAAUAUGUGAUGCAGAGUCGAGACCCUAGCACAAACGUAGUGCUGCUUGAGGAUACCGCUGCUGUGCUGGGGGUCAUUUUGGCUGCAGGCUGCAUGGGACUGACCUCACUCACAGGUAACCCUUACUACGACAGCCUGGGCUCGUUGGGAGUGGGAACGCUGCUCGGCACCGUCUCGGCCUUCCUCAUCUACACAAACACAGAGGCACUGCUGGGGCGCUCCAUACAGGCCGAGCGUGUCCAGAAACUGACAGAGUUCUUAGAAAACGACCCAGCUGUGAGAGCCAUCCACGACGUGAAGGCCACUGACAUGGGACUGAGCAAAGUACGCUUUAAGGCGGAAGUCGACUUUGAUGGCCGAGUGGUCACUCGCUCUUAUUUGGAAAAGCAGGACAUUGACCAAAUCCUCAUUGACAUUCAGCAGGUGAAGACACCCGAAGAUCUGGAGAACUUCAUGCUCAAACACGGUGAGAACAUCAUCGACACGCUAGGUGCUGAGGUGGACCGUUUGGAGAAAGAACUCAAGGAACGCAACCCAGAGGUCCGCCACGUAGACUUGGAGAUCCUAUAAUAGAACAACCUGCCAGAUGGAGAAGACAAAGGAUCUUCUGCCUCCCAUUCCAUACAAAACAAACCUCCACCUCCUCACAGGUUUCAGUGCAGAAUAGUGUGGAAGCAUCUAUAAGGACGUGUGAGAUCCACCCUGAGAGGUUUGAGCGCUGUUGUGGCCAGUGGUGCUACCAGAUAUAAUCCAAGUUUGUUGCAAAAGUUCCAAAAAUGUAUCCUCAAAUUUCAGUACCGGUAUGCACAUUAUCAAUCGUUGCCGUCAGGGGUUUUCAAAGGUUUGCGUAGUGAAGCUUCCUGUCAAGGAAGGUAAAACUUUACAGGCUGGGGCUUCCCAUACUAAUUACAGAAAAAAAUAGAUUUUAGUAUUUUUUUGUGGAAUCUUGCACUGCCCACAGACUCUGUUUCCACUCUCAAUGAAGGAAGUAAACAAAUCAAAUGGAGCUUCUUCACCUCACACUUUGAAAACCCGCUGUUCCACAACUCUACAUCACAUCGUGAUCAAACUACAAACAAACUGCAGCCAACUUGAAACACAUUUUUUUAUAGAUUUUAUUAUAAAUAGUAAAAACAAUAUGGUCUUUUAAAGUACAUUAGAUCCCCACUAUUUGCGUGGAUGUUACAAAAUGCAACAUACUUACAAAACAUGCAUUUAGUUUUGUCAAAAUAUCUUCCUACUGGAAAAUAUCGAGUGAAUUCACUUGUGAGACAGCGCCCUCUGCUGGAUUCAUAGUGCAGCACUAUGCAACACAAAAAACAUCCCCCUUCUAUUAAGGAACAAUUUAAACAGAGGAAAAUAUCUGGGGGAGCAAAUACUGAACCAUAAAUUGGUGGGGCUCUACUGUAUAGAGAAAAAUAUCUUUUGAGCACAGUCUUAAAAUAUUACUAAGAUAAACAUGAAACCCAUUCAUGGCAUAUGUAAACCAACAGGGUAUAAGAAAUAUAUAUUUUUCUUUGCUGACGGGAUACAGUAUAGGAAUUUAUCUUUGUGCAUGCAUCAUCACGCUCAAAUUCACUGGCCAGUGCUUUUAAUUUGAAGCUGUAUUGCAGGUACAAGCUGCAGAUGUCUCAAUAUUAUUACGUUAUUUCGGGGCCCGGUCAUUUCAUCCUGGUGAGGAGGGAUGGAGAUACAUAUUUGUGAAGGUGUUCAUAGUACCAUACUUGACUUUGGGGGGUGGGGGGGGGGGGGCGCCGAGGGCA